GGCCAUGGGGUCUCAGGUGUUGCAGAUCCUGCGCCAGGGGGUGUGGGCCUCGCUCACUGGAGGUUGGUUCUUCGAUCCGCAUCAGAGCACCUUCUCCAACUGCUUCCAUCUGUAUGUCUGGAUCUUCCUGCUCAUCUUUCCCUUCUUGCUGUACAUGGUCCUGCCUCCCAGCUUGAUGGUGGCUGGAGUGUACUGCCUGGUGGUAGCUUUCAUCUUUGCUACCAUCAAGACUGUGAACUAUCGCCUGCACGCCAUGUUCGACCAAGGCGAGAUUGUGGAGAAACGCAACUCUACCAUGGGGGAGCAGGAAGAAGAGGCUGCUCAGGUGGACAGCAGUCUUCCCAGGGAUCCUGGUGUGGAGAUGACCGUGUUCAGGAAAGUGAGUUCCACACCUCCUGUACGCUGCAGUUCCCAGCAUUCUGUGUUUGGCUUCAACCAGGUUUCGGAACUGCUGCCCCGGAUGGAGGAUUCUGGGCCCCUCAGAGACAUCAAGGAGCUGGUACGGGAGCAGGGCAGCAACAAUGUGAUUGUGACCUCUGCCGAUCGAGAGAUGCUGAAGCUCAGCUCUCAAGAGAAACUGAUUGGAGACCUUCCCCAGACACCCCCAGGGGUUGUCCCAGACCCCUCUCUCCCUAGUACGGACUCUUCAGAUCGUUCUCCUUUGGCUGGAGAUGGUGUUCCCUGGGGUGGGAGCAGUGUAGCUGACACUCCCAUGAGCCCCUUACUGAAGGGGAGCCUCAGCCAGGAGCUAAGCAAGAGUUUCCUGACCCUGACCCGGCCUGACCGGGCCCUGGUGAGGACCAGCAGUAGACGGGAACAAUGUCGAGGAACUGGAGGCUAUCAGCCCCUGGACCGGAGGGGCUCAGGUGACCCCACACCCCAGAAAGCUGGCUCUUCAGAUUCCUGCUUCAGUGGUACAGACAGGGAGACUCUGAGCAGCUUCAAGAGUGAGAAAACCAACUCUACACACCUGGAUAGCCCCCCUGGAGGGCAUGCCCCUGAGGGCAGCGACACAGACCCUCCUUCGGAGGCUGAGCUGCCUGCCUCCCCAGACGCUGGGGUCCCUUCAGAUGAUACACUUCGUUCCUUUGACACAGUCAUUGGAGCAGGGACACCACCAGGCCAAGCUGAGCCUCUCCUGGUUGUGCGGCCCAAGGACUUGGCCCUGCUUCGGCCUAACAAACGGCGGAUCCCCAUUCGAGGACACUCUCCACCAAGUCGUGCCCCAAGACGGCCCUUGCUUGAGGGUUCAGGCUUUUUUGAAGAUGAAGACACCAGCGAAGGUAGCGAGCUGAGUCCAGCAUCCAGUCUCCGGUCUCAGCGCCGCUACAGUACUGACAGCUCCUCAUCUACUUCUUGCUACUCCCCUGAGAGCUCCCGGGGUGCAGCAGGGGGUCCUCGGAAGCGGCGGGCCCCACAUGGGACUGAAGAAGGAGCUGCUGUGCCCCCUAAGCGACCAUAUGGGACUCAACGGACACCCAGUACUGCCAGUGGCAAAACUCAUGCCCGUGUGCUGAGCAUGGAUGGAGCAGGGGGUGACAUCUUAAGGGCUCCCCUGGCUGGCUCCAAGGCUGAGCUGGAGGCCCAGCCAGGAGUGGAGCUGGCUGCUGGAGAGCCUGCUGUGCUGCCUACUGAAGCUUGUAGGGGACCUACUGCCAACCAGCCUGGCUGGCGGGGGGAGCUGCAGGAGGAAGGUGCUGUGGGGGGAGCACCCGAGGACACAGGUCAGCGGGAAUGCACAAGCAAUGUGAGGCGGGCUCAGGCUAUCCGGAGACGACACAAUGCAGGCAGCAACCCUACCCCUCCAGCUUCUGUCAUGGGCUCACCACCCAGCAGCCUGCAGGAGGCUCAGCGGGGCCGGACUGCUUCCCACUCUCGGGCGCUGACUCUGCCCUCUGCUCUGCACUUCGCCUCUUCCCUGCUGCUCACCCGAGCUGGUCCCAAUGUACAUGAAGCCAGCAAUUUUGAUGACACCUCUGAGGGUGCUGUGCACUAUUUCUACGACGAGAGUGCAUCUCUGAGGUGUGGGUGUCAUCAUCCCUGCUCUGCUGAUGAGGAAGCCAAGGCACACCUGAAGCCACAGGCUGAGCUAGUGGUAGAACAGAGCCAUAUCCAAGGUGUGCGGCGGUCAUAUACCUUUGGCCUAGCUGGAGGUGGCUACGAGAACCCUGUGGGGCAACCAGGGGAGCAGGCAGCCAAUGGAGCCUGGGACCGUCACUCACAUUCCUCCAGCUUCCACUCGGCUGAUGUGCCUGAAGCCACAGGAGGCCUGAACCUGUUGCAGCCCAGGCCGGUGGUUCUUCAGGGUAUGCAGGUGCGAAGGGUGCCCCUAGAAAUCCCAGAGUUUGACCUGCUGGACCAGGACUCCCUGCACGAAUCCCAGGAGCAGACACUGAUGGAGGAGGCACCACCCCGGGCCCAGCACAGCUAUAAAUACUGGUUUCUUCCUGGCCGUUGGACCUCUGUGCGCUAUGAGCGUCUGGCCCUACUGGCUCUGUUGGACCGGACGAGGGGGAUAAUGGAGAACGUUUUCGGCGUUGGACUGAGCAGCCUGGUUGCCUUCCUGGGAUACCUGUUGCUGCUGAAGGGCUUCUUCACUGACAUCUGGGUCUUCCAGUUCUGCCUGGUCAUCGCCUCCUGUCAGUACUCCCUACUCAAGAGUGUGCAGCCUGAUGCAGCAUCUCCCAUGCAUGGCCACAACUGGGUGAUUGCAUACAGCCGGCCUGUCUACUUCUGCAUCUGCUGUCUCCUCAUCUGGCUGUUGGAUGCCCUGGGCACAGCUCAGCCCUUCCCACCAGUCUCUCUCUACGGCCUCACACUCUUCUCUGCCUCUUUCUUCUUCUGUGCCCGAGACGUGGCCACUGUGUUCACCUUGUGUUUCCCGUUCGUCUUCCUCCUGGGCCUCUUGCCUCAAGUCAAUACCUGCCUCAUGUACCUCCUGGAGCAGAUAGAUAUGCACGGCUUUGGAGGCACAGCUGCCACCAGCCCACUCACUGCAGUCUUCAGCCUCACUCGAAGCCUGCUGGCUGCUGCCCUGCUUUACGGCUUCUGCCUUGGAGCCAUUAAGACACCUUGGCCGGAGCAGCACGUCCCUGUCCUCUUCUCAGUCUUCUGUGGCCUCCUAGUGGCAUUGUCCUACCAUCUGAGCCGGCAGAGCAGUGACCCCACUGUGCUCUGGUCUCUAGUGCGCGGUAAGCUCUUUCCUGAGCUGGAGGGCCGGAGUCUCGAGACAGCGCGGGUGGAGCCCCCAGACCCACUGCCAGAGAAGAUGCGCCAGUCAGUGCGUGAAGUCCUGCACUCUGACCUGGUGAUGUGUGUGGUUAUCGCUGUGCUCACUUUUGCCAUCAGUGCCAGCACUGUCUUCAUUGCCCUGAAGUCGGUGCUGGGCUUCGUGUUGUAUGCACUGGCAGGAGCUGUGGGCUUCUUCACACACUACCUGCUGCCACAGCUCCGCAAACAGCUGCCCUGGUUCUGCCUCUCACAGCCUGUGCUGAAGCCCCUGGAGUACAGCCAGUAUGAAGUGAGAGGUGCUGCCCAGGUGAUGUGGUUUGAGAAGCUCUAUGCUGGCCUGCAGUGUGUUGAGAAGUACCUCAUCUACCCUGCUGUGGUUCUCAACGCUCUCACAGUGGAUGCCCACACAGUUGUCAGCCAUCCAGACAAAUUCUGCCUCUACUGCCGGGCAUUGCUGAUGACUGUGGCUGGGCUGAAGCUGCUCCGCUCAGCCUUCUGUUGCCCACCCCAGCAGUACCUGACCUUGGCCUUCACUGUCCUGCUCUUCCAUUUUGACUACCCUCGGCUCUCGCAGGGCUUUCUGCUCGACUACUUCCUCAUGUCCCUGCUCUGCAGCAAGCUGUGGGACCUGCUGUACAAGCUGCGUUUUGUGCUGACCUACAUUGCGCCGUGGCAGAUCACCUGGGGCUCAGCCUUCCAUGCCUUUGCCCAGCCCUUCGCUGUACCACACUCAGCCAUGCUGUUCCUCCAGGCCCUGCUCUCAGGGCUCUUCUCUACACCACUCAACCCCCUGCUGGGCAGUGCUGUCUUCAUCAUGUCCUACGCAAGGCCCCUCAAGUUCUGGGAGAGGGACUACAACACUAAACGUGUGGAUCAUUCCAACACCCGCCUAGUGACACAGCUGGACCGCAACCCGGGCGCUGAUGACAACAACCUCAACUCCAUCUUCUAUGAGCAUUUGACACGCUCACUGCAGCACACCCUAUGUGGGGACCUGGUGCUGGGCCGCUGGGGCAACUAUGGCCCUGGUGACUGCUUUGUCCUGGCCUCUGACUACCUCAAUGCGUUGGUGCACCUCAUUGAGGUUGGAAAUGGCCUUGUCACCUUCCAGCUUCGUGGCCUUGAGUUCAGGGGCACAUACUGCCAGCAGCGAGAGGUGGAGGCCAUCACUGAAGGAGUGGAGGAAGAUGAAGGCUGCUGCUGCUGUGAGCCUGGCCACCUGCCACGAGUCCUGUCCUUCAAUGCUGCUUUUGGGCAGCGCUGGCUGGCCUGGGAGGUGACAGCCAGCAAGUAUGUGCUGGAAGGCUAUAGUAUUACUGACAACAACGCCGCCUCCAUGCUGCAGGUGUUUGACCUCCGCAAGAUCCUCGUCACUUACUACGUCAAGAGCAUCAUCUACUAUGUGAGCCGUUCUCCAAAGCUGGAGACCUGGUUGAACCAUGAGGGCAUCUCAGCUGCCCUACGGCCUGUGCGAGCCCUUGGCUAUGCUGAUUCAGACCCUACCUUCUCACUGAGUGUUGAUGAAGACUAUGACCUUCGCCUGUCUGGCCUCUCGCUGCCAUCCUUUUGCGCUGUUCACCUUGAAUGGAUCCAGUACUGUGCCUCUCGGCGCAGCCAGCCCGUGGACCAGGAUUGGAAUUCACCAUUGGUCACACUAUGCUUUGGCCUGUGUGUGUUGGGUCGUCGGGCACUGGGGACAGCCUCACACAGCAUGUCUGCCAGCCUGGAGCCCUUCCUCUAUGGCCUGCAUGCCCUGUUCAAGGGGGACUUCCGCAUCACCUCCCCGCGUGAUGAGUGGGUCUUUGCUGAUAUGGACCUGCUUCACCGAGUGGUAGCACCUGGGGUUCGCAUGGCCCUCAAGCUUCACCAGGACCAUUUCACAUCUCCUGACGAGUAUGAGGAGCCAGCAGCCCUAUAUGACGCCAUUGCAGCCAAUGAGGAGCGGCUGGUCAUUUCACAUGAGGGCGACCCUGCCUGGCGCAGUGCCAUCCUCAGCAACACGCCGUCCCUGUUGGCACUGCGCCAUGUCAUGGAUGAUGCUUCUGACGAGUACAAGAUCAUCAUGCUCAACCGGCGCCACCUCAGCUUCCGAGUCAUCAAGGUAAACCGAGAGUGUGUGCGUGGGCUGUGGGCUGGGCAGCAGCAGGAGCUGGUGUUCCUGCGCAACCGCAACCCUGAGCGUGGCAGCAUCCAGAAUGCCAAGCAGGCACUCCGCAACAUGAUCAAUUCCUCCUGUGACCAGCCACUGGGCUACCCCAUCUACGUGUCACCUCUUACAACAUCUCUGGCUGGCAGCCACCCCCAGCUGCGGGCGCUGUGGGGUGGUCCUGUCAGCUUGGGUGCCAUUGCCCGAUGGCUCCUGCGCAGCUGGGAGAGACUUCACAAGGGCUGUGGCGCUGGCUGCAAUAGCGGUGGGAAUGUAGAUGACUCGGACUGUGGUGGGGCUGGCGGCCUGACCUCCCUGAGCAAUAAUCCCCCCUUGGCACACCCCACACCUGAAAACACAGCAGCAGGCAGCAGUGAGCAGCCCCUCCCACCAGGCCCUAGCUGGGGGCCUCGGCCUUCCCUCAGUGGCUCUGGUGAUGGGCGGCCCCCUCCUCUGCUGCAGUGGCCUCCCCCUCGGCUCCCUGGGCCACCCCCUGCUUCACCUGCUCCCGCUGAGGGUCCCCGGCCCUCAAGACCUCCUGGCUCUGGUCUCCUCGGUUCUGAGGGGCCCAGUGGGAAGUGGAGUCUGGGGGGUCGGAAGGGACUGGGAGGAUCUGAUGGGGAGCCAGCCUCAGGGAGCCCCAAAGGCGGUACUCCCAAAUCUCAGGCCCCUCUAGACCUCAGCCUCAGUCCUGAUGUCAGCUCUGAGGCCUCACCUGCCAGGACAACCCAGGACAUUCCUUGCUUGGACAGCUGUGCCCCUGAAAGUGGCACACCCACCGGCACCCCAGGUGACUGGCCUGUUCCUGUUGAGGAACGAGAGAGCCCAGCGGCCCAGCCCUUGCUGGAGCAUCAGUAUUGAGCAGCCUGGCCUCUGCUGGAUCUCAUCCCAGGACUCUAGUAACUUGGACUUUGCUGGACCACAGAAUGGACUGGCUUUGGCGUUUGCACCCUGGUCUCUUGCUACUUGAAGCAGUGUCAGAACUGAGUAACCAGACUCUCCCUGAUCCACGGCCUGGAUGCCCUAAAUUGAGGCAGCAGCCUCCUAGCCAGACUCUUAAGAGCCAAACCCAUGGGCUGGUCCCCCUUUGAGCCCAUGACCAAGACUGACUUUGCCCCUGGGCCUGCACUGCCUACAAGGCUGGUCUCUUUAGCCUGGACCUGGGGCCUGACGUGUGGCAAGGGUGGUUUCGUUCGUUGUUUUUUGUCAUUUCUUUUUUUUUUUUUUUCCCUCUGUGCUUCAGAGACACCAAAUUAAUAACACUAUUUUUGAUUUUG